AUGUGGGUGCUGGCACUGCUUGAGGUUUUCCUGGCCGUUGCCAAGGCUUGUAUCUUUUGUCGCCUCCCAGCUCAUGCCUUGCCAAGCCGCCUGGCUCAGCUCAGUAACCAGAUGGAGACGCCUUGGAAGGAAUGGGCUUCCCCGGAUUUCUCAGCCUUUGCCUUAGAUGAGGUGACCAUGAACAAAAUCACGGAGAAGACUCACAGAGUCCUGAGGGUCAUGGAGAUAAAAGGAUCCAUCUCCUCGCUUCCUACAUAUUGGCAAUGGCUUCAGAAGACCAAGAUCCCCCAGUACACCAGGGAAGCUCUCUGUGCUCCUGUCUGCUGGGGCAGCACCAUCCUGUACAACUGCUCCACCUGCGAGGGCAAGGAGGUGUCUUGUUGGCCUCAAAAGCGCUGCUUCCCAGGAAGUCACGACUUGUGGGACGCUAAGAUUCUGCUCUUAUCGAUCUUCGAAAUUGUCCUGCUUUUGGGUGUUGUGAGCCUCCACGUGGAGUACCGCCACCUGCAAGCGAAAGACUUGUGA